GCUCCGAGGUGUUUUUGUGGAUCGUUGACGUUGACGGUUCAGUCAACAUGGCUGCUUCCAUGAGGAAAGCAGCUCACGACAUAGAAACGCGAAGGCGGACCGAUGAUGUGCUUCAGUCAGAGGGGAUCGACUUCGGCUCCCUGUUGCUGUCCCAGGCCGUCCUGGAGGGCCUGUCUGCCGCUGGCUUUCAGAAGCCUUCCCCGAUCCAGCUCAAGGCUAUCCCGCUGGGCCGCUGCGGACUGGAUUUGAUUGUACAGGCCAAGUCCGGCACGGGGAAGACAUGCGUGUUCUGCACUGUCGCCCUGGACUCUCUCGUCCUGGAGAAUCCUGCCACUCAGGUUCUUGUCUUGGCCCCAACCCGUGAGAUAGCGGUGCAGAUUCAUGCGGUGGUGAUGGCCAUAGGCUGUGCCAUGGAGGGCCUGGAGUGCCAUGUUUUUAUUGGGGGCAGGCCUGUGAGUCAGGACAAAUCCCAUCUGAAGAAGUGCCAUAUAGCUGUGGGCUCACCUGGUCGUAUCAAGCAGCUUAUCGAGCUGGGCAUGUUGUCCACCGCCAGCAUCAGGCUGUUUGUUCUGGAUGAGGCUGACAAGCUGCUGGAGGAGGGCAGCUUCCAGGAACAGAUAAACUGGAUCUUCUCCUCUCUGCCUGUAAACAAACAGAUGCUUGCACUCUCUGCCACCUACCCAGAAUCUCUUGCUCAGCACCUUACCCGCUACAUGAGAGAGCCCACCUUUGUUAGACUCAAUCCUAGUGACCUGGGCCUCAAAGGUCUGAAGCAGUAUUACAAGUUGGUGCAGUCCCAUCCAUUACCUCACAAGGUUUUCGAGGAGAAGGUGCAGCACUUACUAGAACUGUUCAGUAAAAUCCCAUUCAACCAGGCCCUAGUGUUUUCCAACUUACACACAAGGGCCCAGCACUUGGCAGACAUCCUGUCCUCCAAAGGCUUGCCUGCUGCUUGUAUCUCAGGUGGGCUGAGUCAGGAUCAGAGACUGGAGGCAAUGUCAAAACUGAAGCAGUACCAGUGCAGGGUGCUCGUCUCCACUGACCUGACCUCCAGAGGUAUAGACGCAGAGAAAGUCAACCUGGUGAUAAACCUGGAUGUGCCUCAGGACUGGGAAACCUAUAUGCACCGAAUUGGACGGGCUGGCCGCUUCGGCACUCAGGGGCUGGCUGUGACCUACUGUUGCCAUGGAGAGGAGGAGAACAAGAUGAUGGCCAUUGCUCAAAAGUGCAGCCUAAGUUUGACUGCGCUACCCUCCAUCAUAGAGCCUGGGUUGAUGGAUGAUCCUUGUGACUGGGAUGUCUGCACUGAAGCGUCCACUCCAGGUCCUUUGUCCCAGCUCUUCUCCAUGACAGAGAAAAAGAGGCGUGCAAAGACUGAAGUCUCUGUGUCUGGUUACACUGGGGAUCAAGAUUUAGAGCACAGUGGGCAAAGAAAGCGCAAGGAAACACAUCCAGCACCCAAGCAGGUGAGGAACAUUGAAGGGAAUCCUAAGAAAGUAUCCUGUGCAAAGGACACCCUCCCGCAGAGUCAGACUCAGGCUGCACCGACUCGGAAAGAGCUGCAAGACGCACUACCAAAGAUCCUACCGCUCAGCUCCUUCAAGAGCUGCAGGUCAAGAUUUAUGACCUUUGAGGAAGCUGAGCGAGACUUUGAGAGCUUCAUCACCACAGGGUUAGGGAGAUCAGUGGAGAUCAUCAGGGAGUUUAGAGGUCGAGAGGACGACGACCAGAGUGAUCAGAUCGAACACAGAGAGACUGUCACACUGUAUGACGAUGGAGCUCAAAGUUUAAUGCGAAAUGGAAAACACUGGAAAUCUAACUUUUCACAUCCAGUGUCAUCUUGUGAUUCUUCGAGCUCUCAGUCAGAUAUGGAAGAGAAGCAGCUGGAUGAUGAGACUCUGGGAAGUUCAACUCAGACUACAGGGGAUGAGUAUAGAGCAGUCAGUGAGCCUCAGACUGAAGCAGGAUAUACACCCAUUGUGCCCAGACCAAAGGCAAGUCUCACUAUAUCCAAAGCUUGCAGCACUUCUGCACCCAACACAUAUCACCACACAUCUUGUGCAUCAAAUGGGGGGAGAGCUUUGUCUCAGCUGGAACACCAUGAAUCUGUGCCAAGCAUCAGACCGAGCAGGGAAACCAAUCAGGCAGCUUCAGCGUGGACUAGCAGAAUUGAAUCAAAAAAGAUGAAGGAAGAGCCUGGGACACAGAGCAGAAGGCUCUCAGGAAAGAUGAAGACACAGCAUAAGAGGGACAGGGAUGAAGAACAACAUGAAGAGGAGGAGGAGUGGAGCACUGCAACUUACUGGAGAGCCUGCUACAGAGCCUGGAAAGAUUACUAUGCCUCCAUGUCACCGUUUCAAGAGCGAGGUUACCAGAGCUACUUCAGUGGAGCUCAUAACUGGAUGGCAGCAUAUCGUAUGAAUACUGUCUACGUGGAAGAACUCCUGAAAGACUGACUUGUCUGUACGGUUAAUCAGGAUUUCCCACCGUGCUGUUUUCUACUAAGAAAUGUGUGCAUUAAUCCAGUCCAGCGUCUCGAUGUUUUGUAAAAAUGAAUUAGGACAGCAAUACAAAUUCUGGCUCCUCUGGCCCAACACACUGCACUGGAAAUGUUUGGGGGUAUUUUUCAGUUAAGCCAUACCAUAAACUGUAUGUCACAAUUACUUUUCUAAUAAAUUACUAGUGUGGCACAUAUAUUUCCAAGUCUCGCUGUUAAUGCUCUACCAUUUUACAGCCUGCGAAACUCAAUAAAUUAUCACAGUGC